AUGGCGUCCACAUCUGCUGAAAUGGUGGCAAGUUUGAUUGGCGAAAAGGUGCUGGAGACACUUGACCAACAGGAGCAGAAACUGGAUGCGACCAUCAGGAAACUCGAUGAAGCUGAUGACGAAGAGCUCGAGCGUUUACGUGAGAAGCGACUGCAGGCCAUGCAGCAAAAGAUGCGCAAGGUGCAGGAGCUCCGCGCCCGAGGCCACGGCGAGUACACGACGAUCACCGACACGCGCGAGUUUUUCAAUACAAUGAAGAAAAGUGACAAGGUCGUGGUGCACUUUUUCACGCCGGCGAACGCUUUUUGUCAACUCGUGGACGGCCAUUUGGCUCGUCUGGCGCCGCUUCAUGUCGAGACCAAGUUUGCUCGGAUCAAUGCCGAGAAAGCAGAGUAUCUAGUGGAUAAGCUUGGGAUCUGGAUGAUCCCGUGCAUUGCACUUGUGAACAAGCAGAAGGUGAACAAGAUGGUCCAAGGGUUGGAUGAACUGGGCGGGACUGACAAGUUCUCGACAGCGUUUUUAGCGUACUACUUGAGUCUGCACAACAUGUUGACGUACGAAGGUCCUGAGCCUGGUCAUCCAUCGGAUGGCUGUGGAGGGGUCUAUGCAACAGGAGUGAAUUCAGUGCGGGGGACGCAGCAGCAGCUUGACGAGGAACAGAUCAACAGCAUCCGCCAGAGCAUCUUCUACGACAGUGACUUGGAGGAAGACGAGGAGUAG